GUGGAGGAUCGACCUCCGGGGACGACGAGAAAGGAGAGAGGAGCUUCGGCGGGAACAGGUGGCCGAGACAAGAGACUUUGGCUUUGCUCAAAAUACGGUCGGAUAUGGACGUGGCGUUUCGCGAUGCCAGUGUUAAGGGUCCUUUGUGGGAAGAGGUUUCAAGGAAGCUAGCAGAGCUUGGAUACAAGAGAAACGCGAAGAAAUGCAAAGAGAAAUUUGAGAAUGUGUACAAGUACCACAAGAGAACGAAAGAUGGUAGAAGUGGAAAAUCUGAAGGAAAAACAUAUAGGUUCUUUGAUCAAUUAGAGGCACUUGAAAACAACCCAAUUAUUCAUUCCCCAGCAUUACCUCAAAAAUCAGCAUUGCAAGCAACACCAGUUUCAAUGGUAAAAACAACUGCAUCAUUGCCAUCCCCUCCAAUAAUUACAACAAUGCCACUGCCACAACAACAGUUAGUAGUAGCGAGUAGUGGCACCAACACAACAUCAGCACCACCUAUUAGUAUUGCUACUGUUCCAUCAAUAGCUCCUGCUACUAUUUCAAUGCCUCAAAUUCAACCCAAUAAUAGUAAUAAUAAUAAUAGUAAUAAUAAUAAUAAUAAUCCUGUAUAUUUUCCACCACCACCACCACCACCUGCUUCAUCUUUUCCGAGUAUUCCGGCGGAGCUACUCUCGAAUUCGAGUUCUUCUUCGACUUCGUCGGAGGAGACGAUCGAAGGAGGGAGUAGGCGGAACAAGAGGAAGAGAAGGUGGAAGGAGUUCUUUGAGAAGCUAAUGAAGGAGGUGAUAGAGAAGCAGGAGGAUCUGCAGAAGAGGUUCCUUGAAGCAAUAGAGAAGAGGGAGAAAGAGAGAUCCGCUAGAGAAGAAGCAUGGAGAGUUCAGGAAUUACAAAGAAUCAAUAAAGAGAGAGAGAUUCUCGCUCAAGAGAGGUCCAUCGCCGCCGCCAAAGACCAAGCCGUCAUGACCUUCUUGCACAAAAUUGCCGACCAACAAAACCUUCCUACACCGCCAUUCAACAAUGUUUCUCAACCAUCACCACCGCCACCACCGCCUCCUCCACCACCACCACCGCCACAACAAACACAACCUACGCCGCCGGUGGUGGUGCCGCCAUUGCCCACACCGCCACGGCCGCCACCACCACCAAGCAUGGAGAUGGUGAAAGUUGUUGAUAACAACAACAACAACAUUGGAGAGAAUAACAAUAACAAUAAUAAUAAUAAUUCGUCACCGCUGGCGGCGAGUUCUUCGCGGUGGCCGAAAGCUGAAGUUGAGGCGCUGAUAAACCUGAGAACAAGCCUUGAUGCGAAGUACCAAGAGAAUGGACCAAAAGGACCAUUGUGGGAAGAGAUUUCAGCGUUGAUGAAGAAGCAUGGUUAUAACAGGAACGCUAAGAGGUGCAAGGAGAAGUGGGAGAACAUCAACAAGUACUUCAAGAAAGUCAAAGAGAGUAACAAGAAGAGGCCUCAAGAUUCAAAGACCUGUCCCUAUUUUCACCAGCUUGAUGCUCUUUACAGGGAGAGGAAUAGCAGCAAGCAAGACGCUGCUCCCGCCAUUGUCACUACAACGCCGUUAAUGGUAAGGCCGGAGCAGCAGUGGCCUCCUCAAACGGAGCAGCCGUCCUCGCAGCCGCGGGAAGUAACCAUGGAAGACGCUCGGAAGGGAGGCAACGAAGAGGAUGAGGACGAGGAGAAGGAUAAUAUUGGUGAUGAAGAUGAAGACGAGGACGAUGACGACGACGACGAAGGUGGUAGUAACUUUGAGAUUGUGGCAAGCAAGCCAGUUUCUGCUGAGUGAGAAGGACCAAAAGAAGAAAAGUUGGACCAAUGAGAUUAAAGUUUUGUGGGGCAGGGGUUGUCGGGAAUUAAAGGUGAGUGGUGGUGGUGGUGGCGGUGGCGGCGGCGGUGGUGGUGGUUGAGGAGAAUUUGAAUAUGGAAAUGCAUGUGUAAGACACAUGGGUAUAGAAUGUGGAUUGGUGGGGGUUCUUGCUACCAUAGCAUAUAGUCACUAAAAGAUUAUAUGUUCUUUUUUCUUUAAUUUUAUUUAUAGCAAGAGAAUUAUUUAUUUUUUUGAGCUAAAUAAAUAAGGUAGACAGAAAAAGAGAGAUGAUUAUUCAGGCUUAUUAAGAAGCUUAAGGCUCCACAAUAAUAAUAUGAAUAAUGAGACCUUGAUGAAUGUUUGUUUGUUGUUGUACUAUCUGUUUUUUCUUCUUAGCUUCUUUUUUUU